CUGCUCUAUCGGCCAGCGUCAGCGAGUGGGUGAACCAAGCGAACGUUUACCAUGAAACUGGUCCAGGCGAUAUUUCUUUUUUCGUGCAAAAUUUCAUAUGUCUAUCCAUCAUGCCCAGUUAACGAAGUUGGAAUGUUCUGCGAUGGAUCUGACUUGGUUCCGCAGCUAUACUGUGAAGGCGUCGAACUUAACGAUAGGUGGAAUUGUAAUAAGAAGAAAAGAGUAAGGUGCGGGUGUGGACCUCGCUACGCUCGUCAAGCCGACAACACAUGCGUGCCCUUUACUUCCUGCAAGAUUAAUUACAAUCUUGGAAAGCACUUUGGUAUCAAAACACACUUACAAAUAACCGAAGUGCAAACUGCAAGUACUCUCAAGUCCGAAGUUCUAAAGUUCCUAAAUGGUACAGAAGAGAUUUACCUGGAGAGUAUUUCAACGAACGUAGAUGAAUAUGAUCGCUGUGAAUGCCUGAAGUCAACAUUCUUGGGGAACGGAAUUGAUGGAGUUGAACGCAAUAUAAGAUGCUACUACUACGUGCGCUCAGAAGCUGCUCAUCUGUCCCAUGCGCAAGUGUCUGAUAAUAGGGCGCUAAUAACUCGAACGCUAUAUGCCGCAUUCGACGUGGGCACCAAUGGAAGUGAGACAGUUCUCUCUGUUGACUACGCACAACUCGGAAGCGGGGUGACGCACUUAAAUGAGCAGAAACUGCACUUUCACGGCCAUUUCGUUGUCCUCCACGCUGACGCUCAAUGCCUAGUUUUGGAACUUUGGAAAGACAGUGACGGAAAGAGCAUAUGUGGGGUCUGGAGACCUGUUCCAAGUGGAAAUAUUGAACAGAGCCAGUGUCAGGAGGCCUCAGCAAAGUGCAUGAGCCCUAUGAAAACGCUGACAAAUAACAUUAAAAAAUGUAAAGAGUAUGAUGCUAAGGAGCAGCGAGCAACCGCGGAAGAAAAUAAAGAAAUCCUAGCCAGUGCGGGCUCUUAAAGCUAGUUCUUGGUUUUCGUUCACUUAUUGCAGACGAUGGAUAUUGUUCUCGCACAUAUAUUUGUGAAAAUAAAUACACUGAACAUGUGUA